UUUACGAGAGAGAGAGCUGACGUUUCACCUCCUCCUACACGUACAACCAAACUCUCACUCGAACUCCCACCACCUUUCAGUUCAGGCAUUUGCUCCGCAACGCACUGAACUCCUCCGGUGCUACUUUGAGAUAAACCGUCAAGUUUCAAGUUACUUCCAACCUAUUUCGCGCGUCUUUGCGUUUCUGGGCUGUUCUGUAUUGAACUUCAAAUGGGUUUGUGUUUGAUCUCGUUUCAGGUUCUCAAAAACAACAUUGUUGAGCCCUAAAUACUUGUAGUUGGAAAGAUGCAAGCCAUGUCUCAUUUUGAAGGAGUCAAUAAAGACUGCAAACUUGAGUGGGGAAAAAAGAAAGGAGUUGGUGGGACAAACAAUGAUGUCCAAUUUUAUGAGUCAUUUACCUAUGGCAAUGUGGAAUAUAUAUUAUAUGAUUGCGUAUAUUUGUAUACCAAAGGUGAGCCUGAGCCUUACAUAGGCAAGCUUGUGAAAAUAUGGGAAAAGGCAGAUGGUAAGAAGAAAAUAAAAGUUGUCUGGUUUUUUCGACCUAUUGAGAUACGUAAUUGGUUGGGAGAUACUGUACCAUGUUGGAAUGAGCUUUUUCUAGCUUCUGGUCAAGGAGUAGGCUUGUCCAAUGUCAAUCCUUUGGAAGUGCUUGUUGGCAAAUGCAAUGUUAUCUGCACAUCCAAGGAUAGGAGAAACCCGCAACCAUUGAGCAGAGAUGUUAAAAUGGCUGACUACAUCUUCUACCGUACAUUUGAUGUUGGAAGUUGUAUGAUUUCAGAUAACUUUGAGGAUGCAAUAGAUGGCAUUGAUGUUAGAUACUUUUUUAACAAGAAAAAAAUUCAAAAGUUCAUCCCUGCUCCCAAGGUGGACAAAUGUUGCAAAUAUAAGACCCAGGAAAAGAGUUCACCCUCCAGGUUGGACUCAUCAAAAGCAGUAGAUGGUGCAGCCAAAGAUGGAAAGGAUGAUCAUCAAACAAAUGCUAUAAUGAAAGGAGAGGAAUUGAAGGAAACAACUAGAGGGAAGAGGCAGGUGCUUUUUCUAGAGGAGAACUUACCAAUGCUGACAACUAGUUUUGACAAGGAUCAAGCUAAGGUUGGUAAUAUUUCCUUCCGUCAAGAUGGAGCAGAUAAAGGGAAAUCUGUCAAGGUUUUAGUGCAUUCGGAUGCACCAGAAAGUAGACUUUCAAAGAAACAGAGAUUUCUUAAUCAAUUCACUAAACCUGGGGAUGUGGAACAUAAUGCCUCUUUUCCAUCAGAACUUGGCAAGGAAUCGAGAACCAGUGUCUCACAGAAGCUAAAAGUUGCUAACAUGGAGAAUGCUGAAAGGUCUUCAGAACCUUUUAGAAAACCUUUAUAUAAAGCAAAGGGUGAAAAGGUGAUUGUUGAUGAUAGAGCAACUAAGCUUUCUGGCAAAUCAGCUCCUAGACUUGAAGGAAAGGCGAGAAACACUGACAACCAAGUAGUUGGGGCUUCCAAAAAACCAGAUAGAAGCAAAUGGUUUAAGCAACUUUCUUGGGAAGAAGCAACUGUUAGAGCUCAUAACCAAGGAACCCUCAUCCUUCUUGAAAAUUUGGAUCCAUCCUAUACAUCAAAAGAAGUAGAGGAUAUAAUUCAGCAGGCCUUUGGCGAAAGUUGCACUGCAAAGGUGAUACAGCGUGGUACAUUUUCUAGCCCACAUAAUGGUCAGGCAUUGGCUAUAUUCAAAAAAAGAGAUAUGGCAGAUAUGGUAGUUGCCAAAUUAAAUAGAGGCUGCUUCAUGCUCCCAAAUGGAAGGCCAUUGAUUGGAAGUAAAGGAACUUUAAGGAAGCCUAGUAAAACAGCCAAAUUUGUGGGCCAUCUAGUCAUUGAAAAACUCAAAUACCAAAAGCAGCCAGAGGAGGUGAGAAAUGCAGUUUCCACAUCACACUUUUCCCAGCCUAACACUAUAGAAUAUGAUAUGGCUGUAGAAUGGUGCUUGUUGAUGGGUCAAGCAGACUUGUGGUGGAAGGCCUUGUAUCAGCUUUAUAGAAACAUGAAGAGGAAUUGGAAAGCAUCAAGAGCCAGCUAAAGACUCGAUGACUAUGAAAUAUAAGCUUCUGGUAAGCCCUCGCAUGCCCAGACCGACUUGUUUGAGACUUGAGAGCUCAAGUUUUUGUUUGUCUUGAGAGGUCAAGUUUUGUGCCUUCAUUUUCUUCAGAUUCACAUUUUUUUGCCGGCAUGUUUUGGAUGAGAGAAGAAUGAUGAGAUACGGGUCCCUAUUCUUUUGCUUUUACAUUUGGAGGAAAGAGAGGGAUAAAUUGUGCAUUUUGUAUAGGUAUCAUGUUCUGCUGACAUAGAGGAUUCCAACAAAAAAAAAAAUUGUACACUACAAACUCAAAUAGAUGCAGAUUUGUCUCAUUUGUUAACCACUCA